CUCGCAACCUGCUGUCAAACAUCAAAACAAAAUCACUUCCGCACUCAACGCGAACACAACAGCUCCGAAAAACCCUUCCAGUUGUAAUCCCUGAACGCGACGACGAUGGAGUACUCCCCGGAAGAACUGGACGCGCUGGCCCUGGAGAAGAUCGAGACGGGUCAAAAGUUACUGGCGGAUUUAGCCCAGCUGGACGGCGUCGACGGAGUGCGCAAAAUUGGCAAGAAAAUCUCCCAGGAACUCAAGUUCCUGAACAAGGUGAAGAACGCGAAGAGUGUCACGAUAAAUCACAUUUUGUGCUCGAAUCUGACCCAUUUCGCGUGUUUGGUGCAGUGUCUGAUGAGCUGCACGGACGUGACUCACGUGGACUUUCCACUGCCACUGGAGGAUCGCGGUUCGAAGCUGCGUGUGGACAUUGUUGCGGAUGGGGGAGCGACCUGGAUCAAGGUCAUCGCAAGGAAUCCCAAAUCGCUGGCGGAUGGCGUUCACGGGCGAACGAGCUACGGCUCCAAAAGUAUUCUGGAACAGGCGGAAGAGUACGUGGAGGCGGCCGAGGCCAACCCGCACAUGUUCAAGCCUCCGCGAGUCGUUUUUCGCUUUCUCAGCAAAAUCGACGACGAACUGAUCGAGGAACUGCAGCAGGUCGGCAUCACCGUUCUGGUUCAGCAAACUUCCCAACCCGUGCCACGCAUGGAACCGACCGCCGUUCGGAAGCUCAAUCUGGACAUCACGACGCUGAUUGCGUACGUUAGCGCCAUGACCAAUGGAUCGUCCCACUGGGAGUACUCGGAACCGCUGCUUACCGAACAGGCCCGCUGGGAGCGCGAAAAGCCCAUCAAACCCCUUCUGGACGACCUCUUCCACGGGAAAGACCUCAUCUGCUGCGAAACGGCUGUAUCGUCCUUCCAGGAGAUUCUUUCCAUCCUGGGCGGACCAAAAGAAAAAUCUCGCGCCGAACAGCUCUUCGAGCGCGUUCAAAUCCUGCCCGAUGUUCCGCUGCCACCGGAAAUGCAAAACAUUCGCGUCGGGGGCAAAAUCAAACCUAGAAGUUUGCAAAUCUUUGCCUUUGGGAUGCAACACGAAGCGAUCACGGUGACGAGCAACGAAGGUUUCGUGCGGGCCGCCAGGAUGCAAGGGCUGGAGGUACCGGUUGUGGUGCACGACGCACGAGCACUAACCGAGGAGAAGGAAAAGAGCGCUCGGCUGCUCGAGGAGUGACAGAAAAGUGUGAUUUGCGUGGGGAAACGAGGGGAGAAAAGUGUAACACAAAAUUGUGUAUGCUGUGUUCAUUUAAAAUUUGGCGUAGGAUUAACGAGAAAAUACCAAAAUUUACUAAUUUAUUAAACAGUACAUAUUU